AAAUGUCUGCAUGGAAAAUCAGUCUGGGCCUUUUGGCCGUUCUAUUGGUGUCCUCCACAAGAGCUGAGGAUCCUGAGGAUGUGGAACUCUCCGUUUCUGAAAUCAUUGAAAAGGCAAACAAAAAUGUUGUGCGAGGGCCAGGUGAGCCCUUUGUGAUCGACGAUAUCGCCUACGGUUCGGAGGAGGAGUACGAGAGGAAUGCCGACCCCUGCACAACCACCGGCUGCAUGUGGGAGAAGUCUGGUGAUGGCAACGUCUAUGUGCCUUACAAAAUUCAUGAGCACUAUUCUGAUCGAGAGGAAUCUGUGAUUCUACGCGGGCUGAAGUCCAUUGAAAGUGUUUCUUGCAUCCGAUUCAUCCCAAGGACCCACCAGAGAGGCUGGAUCCACAUCCUGUCUCUCAAUGGGUGUUACUCCCAUGUGGGCCGCCGAGGGCAGGAGCAGAGCCUCUCUCUGAAUCGUCAGGGCUGUGUCUACCACCACACCGUCCAGCAUGAACUGCUGCACGCUCUGGGCUUCAACCACGAGCAGACUCGCAGUGACCGUGACAACCACAUCAAAAUUCUUUAUGAGAACAUCCAGCCCAUGAUGACUUACAAUUUUGACAAGAUUGAGACUUUGAACCAGGGCACUCCUUAUGACUACGACUCUGUCAUGCAUUACCACAGAACUGCCUUCUCAAAGAACAAAGAGCCCACUAUGGUGCCCAUUCCAGACCCCGAUGUAGAGAUUGGAAAGGCUCGAGAGAUGAGUCAGAAUGACAUCCUCAGGCUGAACAGGCUCUACAACUGUGUGAAGAAAGGAGACAGUCCCUGAGACAACUGCCAGUGGUGUCCAUUUGAGCAAAAUCACUUGAAUGAAUGAAUGGCAUCAUGUUAAACUGUGCUGAAACCCAAAAUAAAAACAAACUGUCAUUGA